UCAGAACCGAUCGCAUCAGAACCGAUCGCAUCAGAACCGAUCGCACCAGACCGCAUCGAGCUGCAUCGGAUCGGAUUGUUUCAAAAGACGCUGGCCGAGUCGACGAGCACUUCCGCACUUCCGCACUUCCGCACGCCGCACCACAGUCGCCACAUACACGCACCGCAUCAACACACAUCCGCCAUGCUGUUUCCUCGGCUGCAGCCAACGACUGGCUUUUCGGUCCUGAAGCCCGUCUCGCGCUGGUUCAAGCCCCACUACGAGUCCCGAACGGUCGUCGUUUCCGAGAACGGCAACCCGAAUGCCGCCUAUUCCAACUUCAAGAACCUGAUCCGGACACUCAAGAUCCGCGAGACUGUCAAGUACCAGGAGCGCUUCGAGCGGAAUCACGACAAGGGCAGACGCAUCCGCAAGCAGAAGGAGUGGGACAAGUACAUUGAGUAUGCUCGGAAGCAGGUGCAGCUGGCGAUCCAGCUGAAAGUCCGGACAAAGAUCGAGAAGAAGAACUACGACCACAUCUAGAGCAGGUCGACAGAGUCGACUAUGGCAAGUCAUAUGUGCACGCUUUCCUCCACGACCGGGCAGACGCCACGGCAGCGUGCGUCCCUUCAGAUCAUAUUCCAAUACAAAUCCGCCCACUCAGAGUGAAUGAUGUCAAUCCAGGACGAGCUCACUCAUC